CACUCCAGCCUGGGUGACAGAGUGAGACUCCAUCUCAAAGAAAAAAAAAAAAGAGAAAGGUAAGCAGGUCUUUCAAGGCAUUGCAAGCAUAAGGAAGAGCAUGAAUGAGGCCUAGAAGGAUGCCAGUGUCCCGUGUGAUGUGGGAGCCCUUUUCCCAGAGUUACAUGCUGGGCCCAUGAUUGGUGUGGGCCUACACGGGACAGGAGAGCUUGUUGCAGAGAUGCGGUGCUAGGCUGAGGUGUCUUAUCCCAUUUAGUCCUUCCUGUCUGUCUUCCGCUCACUGGCAAUGCUGGAGAAGACGGUGGAAAAAUGCUGCAUCUCCCUGAACGGCCGAAGCAGCCGCCUGGUGGUCCAGCUGCACUGCAAGUUCGGGGUGCGGAAGACUCACAACCUGUCCUUCCAGGACUGUGAGUCCCUGCAGGCCGUCUUCGACCCAGCCUCGUGCCCCCACAUGCUCCGCGCCCCAGCACGGGUCUUGGGGGAGGCUGUUCUGCCCUUCCCUCCUGCGCUGGCUGAAGUGACGCUGGGCAUUGGCCGUGGCCGCAGGGUCAUCCUGCGCAGCUACCAUGAGGAGGAGGCAGACAGCACUGCCAAAGCCAUGGUGACUGAGAUGUGCCUUGGAGAGGAGGAUUUCCAGCAGCUGCAGGCCCAGGAAGGGGUGGCUAUCACUUUCUGCCUCAAGGAAUUCCGGGGGCUCCUGAGCUUUGCAGAGUCAGCAAACUUGAAUCUUAGCAUUCAUUUUGAUGCUCCAGGCAGGCCUGCCAUCUUCACCAUCAAGGACUCUUUGCUGGAUGGCCACUUUGUCUUGGCCACACUCUCAGACACUGACUCGCACUCCCAGGACCUGGGCUCCCCAGAGCGUCACCAGCCAGUGCCUCAGCUCCAGGCUCACAGCAUACCCCACCCAGACGACUUUGCCAAUGACGACAUUGACUCUUACAUGAUCGCCAUGGAAACCACUGUAGGCAAUGAGGGCUCGCGGGUGCUGCCCUCCAUUUCCCUUUCACCUGGCCCCCAGCACCCCGAGAGCCCCGGUCUCCACUCCGAGGAAGAUGAGGCUGAGCCCAGUACAGUGCCUGGGACUCCCCCGCCCAAGAAGUUCCGCUCACUGUUCUUCGGCUCCAUCCUGGCCCCUGUACGCUCCCCCCAGGGCCCCAGCCCUGUGCUGGCUGAAGACAGUGAGGGCGAAGGCUGAACCAAGAACCUGAAGCCUGUACCCAGAGGCCUUGGACUAGAUGAAACCCCAGCCAGUAGAAGAGCUGGGUCUCAGCCCUGGGGACCAGAAAGGUGGGCUUGCUGGAGCUGAGCUGUUUCACUGCCUCUCGCAGGCCCCAGCUGGCUGUCACUGUAAAGCUGUCCCGCAGCAGUCAGGCCUGGGCCCUGUUAUCUCCCCACAACCCCCAGCCAAUCAUGACUUUCCAGACCUGGCCCUGAACUACUGACGUUCCUACCUCUUAUUUCCCAUUGAGUCUCAGGCUAUACUCCAGCUGGCCAAGGCUGGAAACCUGUCUCCCUCAGGCUCACCUUCCUAAGGAAAACGUCACAGCAGGUGCUGCUGGCCCCUGACGAUCCAGCUUCUCUGCCAAUCAUGACCUGACCUGUUCCUUCCUGAAGUCCUGGGCAUGCAUCUGGGACGCCCGUGGAGCUGACACUUUUUCUUGCUUUCCUGAUACUCUUUGGUGCCGACCUGGAAUUCUAAGAGCCUCGGACCUGCGUGUGUGGCUAGGGUUGCCCUUGCUGGGGCCUGGUGCCCAGCCUCCCAAGUAGCUCUGCGCAGAAGAGCUGCCAGGCAGCGUCUUAGACGCGAGACGGAGGCCGUGGCGAGAAUCCAGCUUUGACCUUUAUUCAAGAGACCAGAUGGGUUGCCCCAGGAUCCGGCUGCCAGCCCUGAGGCCAAGCACGGCUGGAGACCCACGACCUGGCCUGCCGUUGCCCUGAGCUGCAGCCUCAGCCCCAGGAUCCUGCUCACAGCCACCGCUGAUGCAGGCAGGAAGCAGCCCUGGGGGAUUGGACGCUGCUAUUGAUUCAUUAAAAAAAAAAAA